UUAAUAAUUUUUUUCUUUUCCACUUGAAUAAUUAUUUGCAAUUUAUUGUAAAAUAAUUCUUUCUUAUCGCAUUCAACGAUAGAUUCUUAAUCGAAUCUAGGCCAAUUUAUUCGAGUUGCAUCAUACAAAGAAUUUCUUUCUAAAUGCUCCUAAUUGUCUAUUAUUAUGUAUUAUUGUUCAUAUCAAAUUCAAAUAAUAUGAUAAUUAGCUUCGGUAAUCAAUUUCGAGGCGUCCUUUUAUCGGAUAUAAAUGGAGAUUCGAAGGGAUCAUUUUUGCAAGAGGUAAAAGGGGAAGAGAGAUAUCAAAGGACCCUUCUCUUCUCAUUACGGUCGGUAUAUAAACGUCCAUUAGUCGUUGUCCCGCGUUUACGGACUUUCGAAUGCAAUUCUUCAAAUUUAAUUCUCAGUUAAUAGUAUGUAUCGGUAGAAAUCAGUGGCCUAUGUGAAAUAUCGUAAAACGGAAAGGAGGAACUGUUCCUGACCUCUCUCCCUCUCUCUCUCUCCCUCUCUGUCUCUCUCUCUCUCUCUCUCUCUCUCUCUCUCUCUCUCUCGAUUUUUCCAAGAUUCCAAAAGUAUGUAGGAGCAAGGUUGAAAGAGAGAUUUCAAUCUCGUCCGUUUAUAGCUUCCUGUAAAUUCCUCGAUCCAUCGUUAGCGCGUAAAAUACGGGUCAACAGAGAAGAGAUCAAACGUGGAAAAUGCAUCGUAGCUCGUCUGAUUUCUCUCAUGACCAGAAGCCCAGAGAUUGCAUCUUUAGAAUUAUCGUACAAUUCUCUCUUUUUUGUCUUUUUCUCCGUUAUUCAUGCGAGAUGGAAUAUGUGAAAAAUUGAGAGAAAUAGAAUAUGUAUAGUAAAUUGCGACGAUUCUAUAUACAUAUAAAUAUAUUGUUUAACGAUGUCAGCGUUGAGGGGUUGUUACGCUUUGUCUCGGCGUCACAAGUAUUGAUCUCCACGGAGCGACUAUGCGAAUGAAGUAUAUGCGUCUCUCCGAAAAAUUUCGGAAAUAGAUUUUUAUCUCUCUCUCUCUCUCUCUCUCUCUCUCUCUCUCUCUCUCUCUCUCUCUCUCUUUCGUUCAUUCUUCUUUUCUUUCUUCAACAGGCUAUUUAUUAUUCCACCCUCGUUUUGUCACGUUGACGUUUUUUCACGAGCUAGAUCGUACGAGUUAUCUAAUAUAUGCGUACGUGCAUGUGCCUGUCCAUUAGAAAAAUUUCUAUUACGUAAUCUGCAGGUACAUUCAAAUGUUGCGACCUUUUCUUUAGAUUUUCACCCAAAAAUCUUUCAAUACGUAGAACGAUUCGUUAGUUCGAUCUGAGAUAGAUUCUUUCUUUCUUUCUUUCGGAGAAUUUCAAAUUCUCUUUUCGUUUAUUUCCUCGCUUUCGUCGUUCCUUCAUCGUUCCUCUCACUCUAUAUAUAUAUAUAUAUAUAUAUAUAUAUAUAUAUAUAUAUAUAUAUAUAUAUAUUUCUCUCCCCUAUUGGAAUCCCGCCGCGUCAAGGGUCUCGCACCAAUGCGUUGGAGCACUUAACGUAAAACACAUUAGCAUAUUCGGUGGACCCUGAAUUUUGCUGUUGCUGCAAGUCAAUUAACAAAGUCAGGUGGUUCGACCGAAACUAGUUUAUUAUACUGUACGUAUUCCCUUUGAUAUCACGCGUGUACGUGUACAAAUAUAUAUUUCAUCUUCGUCGCGCCCAGAACGACGCAUGUAUGUGUAUUUUCUCCCAACGACGAAUAAAAUAUCUUAAAAAUAAUAAAGUCGCUAAUUCGUACUUGAUCGAUAUCCGACAAUGAGUAUCGAUUAUUUACAGUUGGACGUUUUAAUUUCACAACGGUAACGGUGCAAGCUUCGGAGCAUCGCAUGUUGCUCGAUCGGAUAGAAUAAUGGGGAAAGAUCAAUCGUACGUACAUAACAUCUCUCCAACGACAGACAACUAAUUUUGCCGAUAGAAAUAUAUUAGGCUGCAAGGAGGAGUCAAAGGAUAACCUUUCCUCGCAAUUAUCCUAUUAUUGACGUUCAACAAAAGGAUCUCCUCCUCCUCCAUCGUUGAAACAAUUUAGAAAAUCACGUUUCCUAAUAAAUGGCUUUCUCCUUUUUUGCUUUUCGAUGAAAAAUUGAGAAAGGAAAUUCGAUUUUUAUGAGUACGCGUUAUGACAAUUGUUAAAAUUUCAAGGAAAGAAAAAAAUAGAGACGCUUAGACCCCUCACAUUAUACACUCCGUAAAUGAAACUCCGUGUCAGAUCCGAGGAUCUAACGAGCGUGGAAUCAUUAGUCGAUAAGAUAAAAAGGAAUUCGAUGAAUUCAUAGGCCUUCGAUCUUGAUGGGUGAAGAAACGUUUGUACGUCCUCGUAACCCGAAGAGAUCUAUUAGGGAAUGAUUCGUGGUAGGUAUCAUGGGAGGUUGACGCGAUGGAGGAGAUCAUCAAGUACACGAUCAAAUGUUUACUCAAUGACGGACUGCUUGGCUGCUUCGUCAAUUCGAUCAUUUUGAAUAAUAGAUUGAUCAAGAUAUGCCAAGAAUUGGAUGCCUUGGGUUUCGAUUCGAACGUCUUUAAUAAUUUCUAUUUUUCGAGGGGACAUUGUGAGAAAGAUUGCGUGUUAUUAGAGAAAGGAAGAAGAAGAAGAGGAGGAGAAAAAAUGAGAAAAAAAGAGGAGGAGGCAAAGAGUCGAGAAGAUUUUUCUCUUGAUCUUAGGGCAGAAGUUAUUUUAGGAAGUAAGAAAGCAUCUGCAGGAUCCAUCUAUCCGUUGAACGGAAGUGCUUGUAAAAGAGCAGCUACUUAUGAUUCUCCUAGCAACGAAAAAAUCGAUCGUAACGAACGUAUGAAAUCGCAGGGCACCUUCGAAUCAACCCUGGACCAUUAUUCCUGUCGAUUGGAAAAUUCUUCCAACUUGUCCGACGCGGUACGCUACGCGAAUGGGAAUGAUAGUAACGCCGAUAGGAAAGUCAAAGGGAAAAAAUGUCGAAGUUUAUUUGUGCCGUGGGACUGUCGUCGUCGUCGUCGUCGUCGUCGUCGUCGUCGUCGUCGUCGUCGUUGUUGUUGUCGUUGUUGUCGUUGUUGUCGUUGUUGCCGUCGUUGCUCGAUGUCGUUAAAGCCACGGAUGAGAAGACAACGUCGUUUAUCUUUGCCCUUUAAAGCCGACGAUGUGACGAGGGAGAUUUUCAAGGUCGAUCCAACUCUUUUCCUCUCAGGCGAAUCCUACUUGAUUGCGGCUAAAAGAAAAUUCGAAAUGGGAAUACUGAGCGUUUGUUCCUGCCUUAACGACGUCGUUCGAAAAAUAUUCGGCGAAACUUCUAUCGUGGAGCUACGUUUGAUUUUGGACAUUCGUAAAGAUUACAUCACCUUCAAAUUGACAGGUAGAAGAAGUCAGGAGGCGAGGUCCUGUCUCUUGUUUGCGAAUCGAGUCCGAGUACCGAUCCGUCAAAGCGUGCACAGGCGUGACGUCGGGGUUAUUACCAAAGGCGAUAUUGGCCUGAUCGACCAAGGUAUAAUAUUGAACAUCGACGAGAAUAUAAAGGAAAAGGAUGAUUCAUCAUCGAUCGAAGGAAAAGAAGAGGAUGAUGAGGUGAAAGGGAAAAGGAAGGUCUUAACGGAGAAUAUCAGUGACGAUUGUACGACAAGUAAACGACUCGAUGUUGAUCCUACGUGUCUUUCGAACGAAGAAAUUUUAUUCGAUCGAACUGUCUUCUGUCGUCCUUCUUGCGAGACUCCGAUCGUCCUGUCCCGUCAUCGGUCGAUCGACGAAAACGCGAAUAUUUUGAAUCCUUGUUCGUCGAAUAUUUCCAAGAACAAGGAUGACACGUUGAAUUUGACAAAGUCAUCAAAGAAAGAGGAAGAGGAAGAGGAAGAGGAAGAGGAAGAGGAAGAGGAAGAGGAAUUGAGCGAAGACGUUUGCGCCCAAAGGCUUUGCAGUUUGGUAACCAAAGAUGAGAUCGUUCGUACGAUCGAGACGAGAGAUGAAAAGGAAGAAAUCGUUAUUAGCAGUUCGAUGAGCAUGGACAGUUUAACGAGGAGGAAACAAGUAUUACUUUCUAAAGAAGUAGCGAACCUCGAUUGCGACUCGAGAUGUUCCUGCCGUUCGAAAGUUUCUUCAUUUUCGUACGUGGGACGAAAAAGCGAGGAAAAGCUUCAAGGUGCGUUGGGAGACGAGAUCGAACGAGUGGAGAAUUCAUCCAUGAUUGGUGAAAAGGAUAUUCGAAGGGAGCAAGAUCGCGGGAUUCAACUCUGUCCGAUCGAAAAAAGAGAAAACCAUAGGGAGGAUCAUAGGGACUUUGUAUCGUUGUCGAUUCAAACGUCAAGAACGAGGUAUUGCGCGAACGCUAGUUCGACCGUUAUCGUUGCCGCCGGUGGCAAGAGGAAAAGAAGGAAGGGAUCAGGAUCGCGAACGAAAGUAAGAGAAGGGCGACUUCGCGAUAAAGAGUCGUCGAGAACGACUCUUUAUUUUAAAAUGCCGAGGAGGAAAGAGGAGGUUGGAUAUUUAGAAAGCGAUUGCGAGAAACGCUUCAUCCUGGGAAAAUAUAAGAAUCGUUUGCCGUACGUUUGUACCUGUAGGAAAUGUUUCUACAAUCGAAAGCGAACGGAGCCAUGGAUCUCGAGAAUAGAAAAUUACGUUGGCUUUCGAGAUUCGAACUUGUUUUCAAAGAGUUUCUACGGCGGGAGGAGAUCCAUUGGCCGGCUUAGAAACAUGCUCCGCGCGAAUUUACGAAGAUUAAUGCAGAGGGGUAAAGCCGAGGUAAACGUCGAGGGGACCGCCGAUCGCUCCGGAGGACCGUCGAGGAAGGAACUUUGUCGAAGGGGAGAAAACGGAAGAGAUAGGAAAGGAACGAAAGAUGGAUCUCCGUUCUCAAACGGUCGAACUCCAAACUAUUUCGAUCGUAUUGCGAUUUACGAUUUACGAUCGUCCUUCGACGAUCGUUCCUCGAAAGAUCGCCGAUCGACGAUCCAUUCCCUAUCGAAAUUCAAAGAAGGAUCGCCAACUCGCCGGGAUUAUUUAUAUAUACCGAUUGGUCCACGACGAUCGAACAAAGGAAGUAUUAAACUCGUCGACGGAUUUACGUCUCGUUCUCGUAAUCGCGAUCUCGUUGGCACGACGAAAUUCCUUUCGGAGAUGAAAAGAAAUUUCAUGGACGUAGAAAGUGGAAGAAAAUCUAAGGAGAUACGAAAGACGUCAUGCGAAAAUAGAAAAGAACUUUUUUCGUACGAACGAUUCGUCAACGAUUACGAGAAACCUAUCAGCGAUCUUGGUUUAGAUUUUCGAUACAAGUUGGAACAAUAUGUCGCGCUAUGUAAGAACAUUAGAUAUUCUUUUUUGGGUAAUGGGAAAGGGGAGGAUGUUAGAACCAAACAAUAAAUUCUUAUUUGGCCUCGCACGAACGAGGUUGAUAACUUGCUCGUUAUUCGAGGAUGGAAGGGAAAAUUGUUUAAUGAUACAACCGAGUACGUAUGACGGGGAAUAUUAGUUUUAAUUUGUUUUUUUUUUCUUUUUUCUCUCGACUCUUCAAUCCUAUCGAUUUAGAAACAACUGAAUUGAUAUUACGUACGAACCGAGGUAGAGAAUUGGGAAUACAACGGAAUAAUAUUCGCGAUAUUAUUCGUCCGAGGAGGACGAGAAGAUAGUGAAAUUCGAGUUAUUCGGGUCAUAGGAUUGCCGGUGGUGCGAGGAUAAAGAAUGACAGAGCUACCAUUCAGAGAACAGCAGGCAGCCUCUGGAGCAGAUCGAUAUUUCCUGGCAACCGUGGAGAGGGUGCCCACGCCGCGACCGCUUUACCCUCUGUUUGUAACAAUGCGAGUCGGCUUCUAACGUCUAGCGAUGGAUUUGAGCCAACGCACCGAUAGACAACAUUCAUCUUAAUUUCGUCGACCACCAAAAACAUAUCUUUACUUACUCCCUAUCGAUUCCUUUUCUCACCUUUGACCAAUUAUAUUGUAUUAUAUUAUCGAGCGGUUAAGUAAAAUGUCCUUGCUCCUUCAUCUUAUUUAUUUUUUUAAUUUUAAGAACGAGAUAAUAAAGAGAAAUUAGAGAGGAGUAUGACGUGUUCCAUAUACGACUUGAAAUAAAUCCGUUCGGAAGAAAUUUUUUCGUUCCGGGAGAGAGAGAGAGAGAGAGAGAGAGAGAGAGAGAAGACCAACGAGUAUAUUUUCAUUAAAAUACGACGAUCUUCCUUUUGAGAGACCUACGGUAUUUGCAUAAAGAAACGUUGAAAUUAAUUCGCAAGGGCUCGUAAUAUUUGUCAAUGAUAACGAGAGCUUGCUUCGAUCUCGUCUCAACUCUUAGUUAAUAUCCUUUUGCGAAACCACUUCGAUCUCAACCGAUUAUUCAACGUAAAAUAGUAACUUUAAGAUAGCAAAAGGUAGAAAUAUAUUUAUGACAAUAUCGUAUGUUCGAUGGAAAGCUUCGAGCUUGACCUUGUUAUAUUUGACAAAUAUCAUAGAGAAAGCUAAUCACCGGCGGAUAAGGAUUAAAUAUCGAAAAAAUCACGAGCUAAGGAAGAGACAGUUGGACGAUCGGAGCUCGAUUCAAGGUACGAUCGUUGAACGUCGU